UAACUAUAUCUUUACAAUAGAAGUUAAAACGAGAAAAAUAUUAAUAAAAAUGCUAUAUAAAAAAAUAAAAACUGAAUGGUAUUAAUCAUAUUUAUAAUUAAUAAAAAAGGAAAAAAGAGGAUAAAAGCAACAUGCAGAAAUGGUAAAAGAAUAUCUUUUAAUGGAUUUUAAUUAAAAAGAAAGUAAUAGAGAAAAAAAAAGUACGGACGAUCGCGAUGAUAGUGGUGAAAAAAUAAUCAUGAAAACUCUUACAUUGUAGUGUUUGAAGAGUGUGGGGAAAAAAGAAGAUAUGAGAGGAAGCAUAAAAGUUGAAUAUCGAACUAAUUUCAUAUACUUUUGAUUUCUCCUAGUUAUUAUUUAAUUAAUUAAUCUAUAAGAAUCAAUUUCUAUAAAUGCAAAUUUCACUGAACGAUAUUUGCUAACGAGAGAAAGAGAGAAAGAAAGAGAGAAGAAGAGCGAAGGGUUUAUAUAGAAGAAACACAAGCAAGUGAGAUAUAAUUAUAAUCUCUUUGCGAUAUAAUAUUUAGAUUUUUUUUAAUUAGUUCUUUUUGUUUCAGUGGAGAUAACGUGAAAUAUAUCUUGACAAUUAUUUUUUCAUUUAUUUGUCUUUAUUUUCUACUCGUCUGAGUUCAAACAAACAAACAAAAAAAGGGAGAAGAAACUGAAGUGAACAAAAAUCAUUCAUUGUGGGCGCUGUUUUUGGGGUGAGUGACGACGACAAACUGUAAUCGAGAUUCUUCACUCUCAACCCUCCCCAAAAAACAGGCACUUUGGAUGGGGCAGCGAAGUUGGAAAGAUGGAACAUUAAAAAAAAAAUAGACAUUCAAAUGAUAUAAAUUUAAUUCAAAAUAAUUAUUGUAAAACAAUAGUAAAUUAUAUAAUUAUAUAUAAAUUAAUAAGAAAGGAAAAAAAAACACACAACAACACAGAAAUAAUAAUAAAAUGAAACGUUUGGGAUAUUCGAUAUAUACAAAAACAAAAAAACCUGUGAAUUUUUACUUGAAACAUUUUAUUUAUGUGCUGAUUUCGUGUGUGUGUUGGAAUUUUUUCCGAUUUUUUGUAAUUGUUUUCUUCGGGGCCAAAAACGCCAAAAAACUUCAUUGAAUUGAGUGAGAAGCUCUUAAAAAUAAGAGGCUUCGAUGAGUGUGUCUCUUCAAAAAGCUCCAGUGAAAUCUAGUGGCAAGUGUUGUCUGCAGAUUUUCCACUGUGUGUGUUGGAAUUCUCGUCGAAAUCUCGCGCUCUUGAACCUUUGCUGUUUGCGCACAGAUUCAGUAUCUGUUGAAGUUUCGCGACGUCGAGACACGGGAAGUGGUGGAUUUUUGGUGGCGCUGGGAAAGAGCAAAUGUUGAGUGUUGUGCUGAAUUUUGAGGUGUAAUCAGGUGAGAAGUGGGCUUUGUGAGUGACAAAGCAGACCAGCAAGUGCAUAACUCUUAAUAGUUUCUUGUGCAAUCCAUUGUGAUUUAGCACUCCUGUGAAAUCACUGGGAGUCUGUGUCUUCGUGCAACGUCUGCGCUGACACAGUGAGAAAAACUGUCGCGCGCGAGUGUCAUGAAGAAGUGUCUCGAUAAGUGCACAAUGCAUUGAUUCAUCCCCCUGUUUGUUGUGUGUGAAAGACAAAAAGGCUCUGCAGAGGUCGACAGAGAAUUUCCCCGAGACAUCAAGAGCGUGCGAGCGAGAGAGAGAAGGAUACGUAGAAUCACUCGAGCCGGCUCCGUGAGGUGGAUCGAUAAAAAUGGGACGUAGAUUGGCGAACAGAAUCUGCGAGAUUAAUUAUCCCAGUCGCAUUGAGGGAUGGCUGGAUGUCUGUGAAAUCGAAGGACAAUCAACAGUGGCAAGAAACCUCCCUUGGGGUCCUCUAUAUUGUGUUCUUCAACAGGAUGAGCAAACAUUCACGGCGUAUUGCAGCGAAGAGCUCUCGAUAUUCCCGGUUACACCAAAUCGUGAAAAGAAGCUGACUGAUAGCAUAUUUGCGGAGCUUCCACGUGUUCGGUUGGAUCACCAGAAGCGGUCAACUUGCAAGAGUCAAUGGCAGGGACCUCCCACAGUAGAAGAGGAGCCAGAGGAUGGCGUGGGAGAUAUCAACUUCUGUGGCCAGAUGAUCGACUUGAACACCACACUGGAUGGAAAUUUAGAUACGUCGUAUGAGAAAGCCUGUCGACGGGGAUCAGCUCCAGCUACACCGAUUCUUAAUCAGAAACAACCUGAAGCACCGACAUCAAGAUUUACAAAUUUCUUCUCAAAAAGAUCCUUCAGAGCGAAUCCGCUGAAACGUACAAAGUCCGUGACGAAGCUGGAGCGCGCCAAGAGGGGCCCAGGUGGUCUCAGAGGAUCGCGAUCGCACGAGAGCCUGCUCUCCAGUCACGCUGUGAUGUCGACUAUUGACCUCUCCUGCACAGGAGCCGUCGGAGUGGCCCCUGUUCAUCAGUCGGUGCUCGGACGAAGACACUGCUUCCAGGUGCGCGGAGGACCGCGUGGCGAGCGGUACUACAGCUGCAGCAGUCGUCAGGAGAGGGAUCUCUGGAUCUACAGCUUGCGCAAGUCAAUUGCGCCCAAUGCUGACCACACACGGCGCACAGACAACUCGCUGAAGAUGUGGGUGUAUGAAGCCAAAGGUCUGCCACCAAAGAAGAAGUACUUCUGCGAGAUCAACCUGGACAAGACGCUGUACGGGCGCACAUCGGUGAAGCUCAAGGGGGAUCUCCUCUUCUGGGGCGAAUACUUUGACUUUCCCGACAUUCCCGACAUCAAUCUCAUCACGGUGAAUGUGUUCCGCGAGGGUGAGCGCAAGAAGAAGCGCGACAAGCACACUUACGUCGGCUGCGUGAAGAUUCCCAUUCACGAGAUCACGGCGAGGAUGUUCUGUGAGGAUUGGUAUCCCAUAAUCUCGGAGAAAGUGGACAGCUUUGGACGGAAUUCGGUGAAGGAUGGCUUUCCCACGCUGAGAAUAAAGUGCCGCUUCCAAAGCAUCGAUAUUCUGCCACUGGAGAUCUACGGGGAGUUUCUGACUUAUCUCAAGGAGCAUUACAAGAAGGUGUGCGAGAUUCUGGAGCCUGUGAUUGGUGUGAAGGCGAAAGAAGACAUUGGACAAGCGCUUGUUCUUCUCAUGCACUCACAAGGCAUGGCGGGAGCUUUUCUCACGGAUGUCGUGGCGCUGGAUCUGCUCCGUGUGGGCGAUCAGAGGCUCACAUUCAGGGGAAACUCACUGGCCACAAAGAGCAUGGAGGCCUUCCUUAAACUCACCGGCGAGCAAUAUCUGCAGGACACUCUCUCGACGCCCAUCGCGGAAAUCAUCUCCAGCGACAGAGAUUGCGAAGUUGAUCCCUCGAAGGCCACCGGAAGUCUCUCCCGACAGCAACAGGCGCUGAGAAAUGCCGUGAAGGUUGCCUGGAGCAGCAUCGCUGAAUCCCACAAACACUUCCCACCUCAACUCCGUGAGUGCUUCGCCACGUUCCGGGAGCGCCUCGAAAUGCUAAAUCGCGAGGAUAUGGCAGACAACUUGAUAAGUGCUUCUAUCUUCUUGCGCUUCCUUUGUCCGGCAAUUCUCUCUCCGAGUCUCUUCAACAUCACCAAUGAACUGCCAUCGGCAAGAGCGACAAGGAAUCUCACCUUGGUGGCAAAGACACUACAGACUCUGGCCAAUUUUACACGAUUCCAGGCCAAGGAGGGAUUCAUGGAGUUUCUCAAUGACUUCCUGGAGCAAGAGGCGUCACGAAUGAAGGAAUUUCUGCAUCUCAUCUCAGCCCGAACGGAUCAACCUCUGCCAGAGACAAUCCUCGACUGGACGGGAUAUAUUGAUCAAGGAAAGCAACUGUCGAUUCUCUGCACUCUCCUGUCUGAGAGCAUUUCCAAAUUGUCCACGACGCGACAGCAGGAACUCCAUCAGCUGAUUGCGAUCCUUGAGAAGGUCGCGAAGGCGAAAGAAGUCACAGCAUUCGCACAGCCCGGUGGCAAUCAGGAAAAUCUCGCCAAUGCACAGAAUGUGCAGAAGACAAAUGAUAGAGGAGUUAUUCGUGGUGUUCUGACGCCCAAUUCUCUGGAGAAGAACAUCUUCCGGUACAAUGAUCCAACCUGUUCGCCGUUCCUCAAUGCUCAGCGUCAGAACAAUGGUCUUCAGCACUCCCAGUCGACAUCCAGCAUCUCUUCAGCGCCCGUGCUGCAUCAGAGCGUAGUCAUUCCCACUUCUAUCCAACACCAAAUCGCCAACUCGACGGAUCGUCUCCAUCAGCCGCAGCAGACGAGCUCGCCAGUGCGACCAAACAAGGCUCCGCCCGCGCCAACAGCUUUCUACUAUGCGCCCAAAGUGAUUGGCAGCCAGCAGAAGGAUACCAAAGACUUCAUUAGCAGCAGUUUCAGGGCCAACACUUUGCCCAGGAACAACAUAAUCAUCACCACAAAUGGGAAUCACCAGAAUGCGCCAAAAGCUGAGGACACGAACUCGAAUUUCAUCCAAAUUGGUGUUGACACGUCAAAUGCCUUUGUGCGAAAGAGUCCAACGCCUCUCAUGAAGCCCACGCCGAACAAGAAUCGAUCCAGUACCACAAUUGUGGGUCAGAACAGGAGCAUUGUGAACUUGGGAUUGCCCGAGGGUGUCAUUACCAACACCAACUUCAACAUGCCAAUGAAUCUUGAGGACCUGGAUGAUCUUCUGAACUACGCCGAUGAGCAGGCGAGCAAGACAACUCCUGUCGCCGCUGCCAAGGAGACUCUCACGGCCAAGGGCAGCAACGCUUCCAUUGGGCAGAUCUCCAACGUGUGCAGCAGUGGAUAUCAGAGUAUCGCCACGCAGAGUCAGAGCUCAUCGCCUGUGGAGAAUCACCACGCGUCGGAUUCCAAGGCGCCAAAGCGUCCGCCACCGACAAAGUAUCAGUUUGGCGGCACGAAGGACACCGUGAAUGCCGUGUCGAAUGCUCAGGCUUUGGCUUUCAAGAAUCCAAUGUAUCACAUACAGAAUCACACCCACAAUUCGCAGUCGUCGCAGAAGAGCUCCUCCUUGACGCCGUCGAGCAGCGAGGAGCGCCUGGACUACGCCAAUGUGAACGGGAACAGCGCAGUGACUGUCAUUGGGGAGAUCAGGGGUGAGAGUGAGCUCUCGAUGGUGGCGGCGGAUCUCUUGCCCGCUCCCACUCGCUUGAGUGCCCAUCGCCUGCCGCGCACAAAUCCACUCAUUCAGUACAAACGUGACGAGCAAAUCACAAAUUUGGGAGCCGCUUCCAGUCGAUAUCAGAGACGCUUGAGCGUGGAAUCGGCCCGGACGCUGUCGGACAGCUCCACAGACACCGAGGGAUACAAUCUGGAGGGCAAGAGGCGCCGAUCGGGCAGAUCAGUGGAGCAGUGCGAGCGAGAGAUUCAGAGGCUUCAGGCCUCGGUGGAUUCGCUGAGGAGUAAACUCGAAGAGUCAGACUUGAGAGACUCCAACGAUGAUCUUCUCUCCAUGUCGCAUCACAGUGAUAGUAAAAUGAGGAGCAUCAUCAGCAGACCACUUCUCUGCAUUCCCAGGUUAAUCGCGAUGGAGGAGGAACUGCGGAGAGAGCAGUUGAAGAUGUCUCUUGCCCUGUCGCACAAGCAGCGCGUGAUUGAAGCGCAGGGCCAGCAAAUUGCCGCCUUGGAUGCGGCCAACAAUCGGCUUCUCAGUGCCCUGUCGAGUCUCCGUCAGCGGUAUGAGAAUCAGCAAUCUGGAGCCAAUGGCGGACCGGAUGAUCCAUCUGCCGGGAAUGCCAGUGGACAGAAUGGACAAACCUCCACGACCUGCUGAACAUCCUAAAAAAGAAGAAACUUUUAAGUGUAUAAAGUUAAAUUAUGUGUAGCUUUUAUUUCCAAUCCUUUCUCUUUUCCCUUAUCAAAUUUGUUGUAUUUUAGGAUUUUAUAGAUAUGUCAGCUAUUUUAGUGAUUAGAAAUGCAUAGAAUUGUAAGAUUGACUAAGCACUAGAGCACAAAUAGUAGCUGCAAAGAGAGUAUUAAUGAUGGUUUAUCAUUGAAUGUUAAGUGCAGAAAUUUUAUUUCGCUAAUUUAUUGGAAACACCAAAGAACACACACAAUUUAUUGGUAAAGAAACUCUUCAAUAUGUGGGCACAAUAAAAACAAAUAUAUACUACAAU